AUGGCUCCAAAGCCUGCGCCGUCGUCGCGAGCAUGGGAUGCGCUCACUCCAUCACUCUCGCAAUGGACAGUUGAUGCCGUGGCCUCGAUGGGCUUCACUCGCAUGACCCCAGUCCAGGCCUCGGCCAUUCCUCUAUUUAUGGCGCACAAAGAUGUCGUUGUUGAGGCAGUCACUGGCAGUGGUAAAACGUUGUCAUUUUUGAUUCCUGUUGUGGAGAAGCUUUUGCGCGUUGAAGAACCGAUCAAAAAGCACCACAUUGGGGCCAUUAUCAUUUCGCCGACGAGAGAACUAGCGACGCAAAUUUACCAAGUGCUCUUAUCGUUACUUGAGUUCCACCCGGCAUCAGCGGCUGCCAUCCAUCCGCCAGAGGGUGAUGCGUCGCGACCCAAAUCGUCCUCUUCGAUCCUCAAAGUCGUUCCUCAACUCCUGCUUGGCGGAUCUACCUCUCCGGCCGAAGACUUGAGUUCCUUUCUUAAAAAGUCCCCGAAUGUGCUCGUGUCUACACCGGGGAGAUUGCUGGAAUUACUCUCUUCGCCCCACGUCCACUGCUCGCAGUCUUCCUUCGAAAUGCUUGUAUUAGAUGAAGCUGAUCGCCUGUUAGAUUUGGGAUUCAAAGAGGACUUGCAAAGAAUUUUGCGCCACCUACCUAAACAACGGAGAACCGGUCUCUUCAGUGCCAGUAUCAGUGAAGCUGUCGAUCAGAUUGUCCGUGUGGGCCUGCGCAACCCUGUCAAGGUCGCUGUCAAGGUCAAGGGCGGUGCCGGUGGUGAGGAUAAACGGACACCUGCGAGUCUCCAAAUGACCUAUUUGACGGCCCCUCCAGCACACAAGUUCUCCGUCUUAAGACAGAUUCUCUCCACAGUUCAGCCUACCCCGCUGAAAACGAUCUUCUUCGUCUCCACGUGUUCUAGCGUGGAUUACCUCGCGCUCAUCCUGCCUAUCAUCCUGGGCCCAAAAUACACCCUUGUCCCGCUUCAUGGAAAGCAUCCUGCGAACGCCCGCCAAAAGAACUUCACCCGAUUCACCACCUCUACCACACCCGCAAUCCUCCUCACGACCGAUGUUGCUUCCCGCGGACUCGAUAUUCCGUCCGUAGAUCUCGUUGUGCAAAUCGACCCUCCUUCCGAUCCCAAGACAUUCAUCCAUCGUUGUGGACGGGCGGGACGGGCUGGACGACGAGGACUCAGUAUUGUCCUCCUUCAUCCCGGUCGCGAAGAAGACUACGUCUCCUUCCUGGAGGUGCGUAAGACGCCUGUUGCGCCCUACAGUCUCCCAGAGUCGGAUGGUGACGAAGCGGCUGCUGCUGCCACACGCAAGGUGCGGAACGUUAUGUUGAAGGACCGCGCCCUCCACGACAAAGGUCAAAAGGCCUUUGUUAGCUGGCUUCGUAGCUACAGCAAGCAUCAAGCGGCCAGUAUUUUCCGUGUGGCCGACCUUGAUUGGGAGGCGCUUGGAAAAGCGUGGGGGCUCCUCAAGCUUCCUAAAAUGCCCGAGCUGCGUACUUUCACUGGCGAUAAAACGCUGGGAAUGAAAAUCGAUUGGGACAACUAUGCCUACAAGGACAAGCAAAGAGAGAAGCGACGCAAAGAGGCCAUGGAAGAAGCCGCACAGGGCGACUCACAGGAGAAGGACGAUACUCGCAAACGGCGAGCUACUGAAAAUGCAUCGUGGAGUCACAAUGCGGAGAAUCGCGAAAAGCGAUUGCAGCGCAGAGAGCUCAAGAGAGCUCGCAAGGAGCAGGAGCGGUGGGAGCAGCUCCCUGAGGAGGAGAAGCAGAAGGCCCUUGAGACCAAACGCAUGGUUGAGGAAUUGCGCCAGAAGCAUGAACGGGAGUACCAGGCUCGGCAAGCAGAAAAGGCACCGGCCCCCAAAACCACAACGGCCAGCCAGAACGAUGAUGAGUUUGAAGGGUUCGACUAG